UAGUUAAGCUUAAUAUUUCGUAAUCAGUAUGCCAGUGACCGCUCGGCGCGAUGGACAACUCACCGUGCAACUCCAAAUGCAACCGGUCUACUACAAAUUUAAAUGAUAUACGAGAUUUCGAUUCCCUAAAUGACGUAGUUCAGAGUCUAAUACGCGAAGCAAUAAAAAUAAGAAAGAGAGCGUACUGUCCGUAUUCGAAUUUUUCUGUUGGUGCCGCUUUAUUAACCGAAGAAGAUUCCAAAGUGUACACUGGAUGUAAUAUUGAAAACUCCACUAUGUCCCCAACCAUUUGCGCCGAGAGGACUGCAAUCCCCAAAGCUGUAUGCGACGGCUAUUUGAAGAUCAGAAUGAUUGCUAUCGUAGCGCAUCAAAAGGAUUCGUUCACAGCACCAUGUGGAGUUUGUAGACAGACCCUUAGUGAAUUCCGUGGGAGCGAUGGUGACAUAGAAAUAUAUUUAAGCAAACCAACAAUGGACAAAGUGUUAUGUACUAGACUUUCCGAAAUUCUUCCACUCUCAUUUGUUAGUUUUAAAAAAGAUAAUGUUAAAUCAUAAAUCGAUAUAUUUUUAUAGAUUUAUUCAAUGACUAUUUUUAUAAGAUACAAAUUUAUAUACAAGUUUACAUCAGGGGAUUUCCCUUAUAAAGUUACACCGUCGUUAUAACGAAGUUGUUAUUAAAAUUAUAAAAUACAUCA